CCGUUGCUCCGCGCUGCCAGGCAGAGCUCCCAAACGAGCCUCCGUUUAGGGAGGCAGUGGGGACACGGAGCUGAGAGAGCAGGGCGGGGAGCGAAGGCAUCGCGAUAGUGCCGAGAGCGGCGCCGGGAUCUCGGCCUUGCAGUUUCCGGGCUCCAUUGUUGGGCGGCCUCAGGCUGCUGCUGGCUCCAUCCGGCCGAGGGCAGUCGGGACCCGCGGAUGGCAGCAGACUGAGACCCUGCAGCAUGGAGCCGAAGAAGGAUCUGUGCCAGAGCCGCCCCGAGACCGAAAUGCAGCACGAAGGGAAAGAGAAGGAAGGUAAAGAGGAGGAGGAGGAGGAGGAGGAGGAGGAGGAGGAGGAGGAGGAGGAGGAGGAGGAGGAGGAGGAGGAGGAGGAGGAGGAGGAGGAGGAGGAGGAGGAGGAGGAGGAGGAGGAGAUAGCAGAGAAUGAGUUGGAGGAGGACCUGGAGGAAGAGGCGGAGGAAGAGAAAGAGCAGCAGGAUGAAGGUGAAGGUAAAGCUGCCGCGAACGCCUCUGUGCCAGGCGAGCAGUGCCCCGAGUGUGGGCAGAGCCUCCCGCCCGGCUGGCAGCCGGGGAAGCAGCAGUGCCCCCAGCCUGGCACCCAGCGCUUCAUCUGCAGCCACUGCGGCCAGAGGCGCUCCAGCCUCCGGCGGCGUCGGGGAGCAACGCAGCCGGACCCCAAGCUUCGGCUGGUGUGCGGCGAGUGUGGCAAGAGCUUUGCCAGAAACGAUUAUCUCAGACGUCACAGUCGCAUCCACACCGGGGAGAAGCCAUUCAGCUGUGAUGUCUGUGGCAAGAGCUUUGCCAGCGGCUCUAGUCUCCGCAGGCACCGGCAAACGCAUGCUGAGAAGAAGCCGUUCCCCUGCCGUGACUGUGGUAAGAGCUUCACCAACAGCACUGCUCUAAUUCAGCACUGGCACGUGCACACCGGGGAGAAGCCAUACAGCUGCACUGUCUGUGGCAAGAGCUAUGCCAGCAGCUCUAAUCUCACCAAUCAUCGCCAAAAACAUGCUGGGAAGAAGUUCCCCUGUGGUGACUGCGGCAAGAGCUUCAGCAGCAAACCUGCUCUCAAUUUUCACCGCAACAUCCACACUGGGGAGAAGCCUUACAGCUGUGGUGAGUGUGGCAAGAGCUUCUACAGCAGUACUGCUCUCAGAGUACAUCGCCGAAACCAUGCUGGGGAGACAUUCCCCUGUGCUGAGAGUGGAAAGAGCUUCACUGUCAGGUCCCGCCUUAAGCGUCACUGCCUCACCCAUACCGGCGAGAAGCCAUACGUCUGCGAUGAGUGCGGCAAGAGCUUUGUCAGCAACGUUUCUCUCAGUUACCACCGCUUCUUGCACACCGGGGAGAAGCCGUACAGAUGUGGUGACUGCGGCAAGAGCUUUGUCCGCAGCUCUGCUCUCAUCUGUCACCGUUACCUCCACACCGAGGUCGGUCCAUACAGCUGCAGUGAGUGCAGCAAGAGCUUCAGCAGCAUCACUCACCUCAAAGACCACCAUCGCAUUCACACCGGGGAGAAGCCGUUCCACUGCGAUGACUGCGGCAAGAACUUCACCACCAAAUCCCAGCUGAGCAGUCACCGCCAUAUCCACAUCAGGGAGAAGCUGUAUGGCAGCAGUGAACCUGGCAAGAGGAUUCUCCACAGCUCUGCUCUCAGUCAUCACCGCCUCAACCACAUCGGAGUGAACCUGCACAUCUGCGGUGAGUGUGGCAAGACCUUCGGCAGCAUCACUGAUCUCAAAGUUCACCACCGCAUUCACACUGGGGAGAAGCCAUUCCACUGUGGUGACUGUGGCAAGAACUUCACCACCAAAUCCCAGCUGACCAAUCACCACCGCAUCCACACCGGGGAGAAGCCGUACACCUGCGCCGACUGCGGCAAGAGCUUCCGGCAGAGCUACACCCUGACUAAGCACCUGCGCAGCCGCAGGCACCAGAAGAAGAACAGCAACAAAGCAUCCAUGAGUCCCCACUCCCAGUGAUGCCAGGAGGUGCCCAGCAGCCAUGUGCCCCUCCUGCCCUCCUGACAGUGCUGGUGCCAGGAUGCCCUGCUGGUAGAGCUGCCCCAACCGUAACCAUUCUGCCAUGAUUUGCUGUGCUGGGAUGUGUGGUUGCUCUCAGCCAGCACUGUCACCUCCACACUGGGGAGAAGCCAAACACCUGCAGUGACUGUGGCAAGAGCUUUACCAGCAGGUCUAUACACAGCCAUUCCUGUUGCCUCAACUCCACACAGAAGC